UACGUGGCGUAACGUAUGCGCCAACUUCGGUGGAGGGAGGAAGAAGAAGCUGACGACGAAGUGCAAGCGGAUUCCGAAGUUCCAAGUCGUCACGGCCGUCCUCGAGCCAAGCUCCGGGCGCAAUGGCGACGCCACUCGCCGAUCGGCGACGCUGUCCACGCUGGCUGCACGACCACUGGAGGCGCAUCGUGCUCGUCUUGGUGCCGGCGCUUCUCACGCCCGUCUUCGUGUACCUGUCGCCCCAGCUCCGGUGCUUGUUCGAGAUCUGCGUGCUCAACUGCCUUUUGCUGGUCAACGAUAUUCCGGCCGCGAUCAGUGCCCUGCUGCCCGUGUUCCUGGUGCCCAUUCUGGGACCCAUGUCCACCGAGGAAGUAUGCGCCAUCUACUUUGGGCCCUCUCAGCUGUACUUCGUCUCGGCCACGACCAUCGCCGCAGCCAUGGCGGAGUCGACGCUGGCGAGGCGCGCCGCGCUCCACCUGCUGGUCAGGUUGGGACCCAGCGCCACGAGGUGUCCGCCUGCUGACGGCAGCCGCUCUUGGCAGCGUGUUCAUGUGCUUCGUAUUCAACUCGCUGGUGACAACGCUGCUGCUCCUCUCGGUCGUGGACGGCGUGUGUGACGAGCUCAGCCUCGUGCUCUUGGAUCCGCACAUCAAGCCGUUGCCCGAUGCGCGAAGCGACACAACGGUAGAACCGACGCGCACCGACAAGUUGCCCACGGCGGAGAUCACACGAGCGGACAGCACCGAAACGCAGCGGGCCUCCGUCACCGACAAGUCGGUUCCGGAAGGCGCACCGGUCCAGGGUCGCCGAUCCUCCGUCGCCGCUGAGGCUGCCGGGGCGGCCGCCGAGAAUGUUGCGCCGUCUCCCGGUACGCGCAGUCAUCGAGAGGAGCGGAGCUCCACGCUGUACGUCACGGCUGAGGACAGCGGACUCGCGGAGGGACAUCCCAGCCCUUUCCGACAGCGCAUGCGCGAGUUCGCCUUGCUGCCCGAGGGAAACAUGCACGUCCUGAAGUACCGCCAGCGGCUACGCCGGUGCCUCCUGACGGCCGUCAUCUACUGCUCAACGCUGGCUUCAACCGCACAGCUCCACUCCCCGGCCUUCAACGACCUGCUGGCAUAUAUGGCCAAGGAGUAUCCCGAGUACCACGUCCUGGGCAGGUUCACCUUCACUUUCUACUCAAUGCCGACCAUCUUCCUGUGUACCCUCUACCUGUGGUGUUACCUGCUGAGGAGGAUGAAGACGGAGCGAGCGAAGAUUCGCCAGGAUGAGCGUAGGCUGCCUCCGGGAGUGUUCGAGAACAGGCUGACCCUUCAUGGACACUGGAACUUCCGGGAACUCUCUACCUUGGCAAUCGCUAUCAUGGCGUUGGUCGUCUCAGCCAUUCCGAAGUCGGCGUGGACGUUCGUUUUCUCUAGAAGCCAAGUGACGCCCGAAACCCUCGUUCUCCUGCUCUCGCUGUCGCUGUUCUCGCUUCCUGCGCAGCCAGGCACAGCAUCGACAGCUCCGGUGCUGCCCUGGGCGGCGGCCAGGGCCCGCUUCCCCUGGAGCUGCAUGGCGCUCACCGCCUGCGGGCAAGUGCAUGUCGUGUUCUUCCAGUUCUUGUUGCGCUUCGGAGAAUGCAGGCAAGACCGACGGAACGGCGCUACGGGAAAGCAUUGCUUUGAAAGGCACUCCACACGACUUCAGUAAGUCGGCGUUGAACUCGUAAUCCUCUGGACGAAAGUGCAGCGAGCGCACUAUGCGAUUUUGCGGCUCUUUGCCAACGCGCUGUGGCAUAGGUACGGCACUUAACCACUUCGAACGGAGAGGUUCACUCGUUGGCACACAGUGAUAAGUAACGUUGGAUUCACCGCUGCAACUGCCCUUGGCCAAGUUCCGCGGACCGUUCGCUUCGCGCAUCCCACAUCACAUGGACGUGGCAUUCUCGCUGCAUGUUCCAAAUGCAAGUUUCGCGAGCCAGCAGAACCAGCCCAGCACGACGCGAUAACGAAACAACUGAAACUCCAAAGCGCGCGCGACGCAGAGUCGAGCGCGCAGAGUCGAGCAAAGAUGAAACCUUUCGACCACCCAUACUACUGAAGCGUAACGUCAAAAUGUUAUUUUUUCUUAGAAGCGAACAGAAGUAGACAAGUAGUAUUUUCUCCCGCCUUAUAACUUAAUGAAAUGAUCUUUUUAGUACGAGUAGUUGAAUACUAGUGACAUAAAUUGUGAUGAGGACUGCCUUCGUCAUCGGGCUAGUACCGGAAUGUCGCUGGGGGGUCUAAAAUGGUGUCUUGCAUUUACCUCAAUUUCUCGGUUACUAAAGCUCUGUUCGCGAUUAUAUUGACGCCUUAGACGUUCUAGAGCAUUGCUUUAUCACUUUAACUUGACGUCAUAGUAACCUUUAGUGUCCCUUUAAGCCUAGAGGCGGUGCUUCCAGCCUGUUCUUCUGUUAGUGGAGGUGUGUGUAUACAGGAACGUCCUAUAAUAGGUAGCUGAACCAACAGACUACCUUGACUUCGCUUGAUUGCAUGUGACUGCCCGAUUCCUCGGCCUGAACGGCCCCAGCGUUCGGGCGUGAACGACGUGCUGGUAUCGUGGGUGAAGAGCCUGUCCAAUCAGACGUCGCGGUUGUUCCUUUCGCUGCUGGGCGCCCUGUCCACAGUGACGGCCGAGCUGACAAGCAAGGACAGGGGCAUCUCGUUCCUCCU